UUCAGACAGACUCAGCCCCAAAUACAGCAUCUUGAACUACAAAACAGGUGAAAGAGGAAAUGAUGGACACCAGAAGCUACUCCAGCCCUCCAGACAGGCUCUCCGUCUUCUCCGAGGCUGCCCACUUGCCACUGUCCAGGCCCUUCUACCUAGACCCCAUGGUCACUGUCCACCUGUGCCCAGAGGCCCCCGUGCCGAACCCUUACGCAGACGAGCUGCCUCUGCUGUCCUUUUCCAGCGAUACUCUGAUCAUGGACAAUUACGGGGACCCGUACGCCUUCCCCUUCCCCAUGCCUUACACCAACUACAGGCGCUGUGACUACGCCUAUGGGCCGGCCUUCAUCCGCAAGAGGAAUGAGCGCGAGAGGCAGCGAGUCAAAUGUGUGAACGAAGGCUACGCCCGGCUAAGGCGCCACCUGCCCGAGGACUACCUGGAGAAGCGACUCAGCAAAGUGGAGACCCUCAGAGCUGCCAUCAAGUACAUCAGCUACCUGCAGUCUCUCUUGUACCCGGAUGAGACUGAGGCCGAGAGGAACCCUCGAACCACCAGCUGCGGCCCCCUAGACCCCCCCUCUGAGAGUCAUUUGAGCUGGCGCCUUCCAAAGUAGGGUCUCCUGCAGCAGCAUCCAGUAGAUUCUCAUACACGCAUGUGGUUUGGGGGAGGGGACCAUAGUCCUACUACCGACCUUCAUUAAAUGUUGCUUACCUGGG